GUUAACUUUCUUACAACAAGCCCACCAAGUCCAUAGCUGAAUGCAUACUCCGAGUUUCGAUGACGUGGCAAGAUCGAAAGUGUUAAUCUUCCCUCAAUCGAGACCGUUGAAUAUUCCCAUUAGGAACCGAUUCUCUAUUCCUUUCUUCUUUCCUCCUCUCGACAACUCGAAGGUCAGCAGUAUUCGAGGAUUAUCUCCGUUGAAUCGCUUUCUGGAAACGAAGCAGAGAUGGGUUUCGAGGAUGAUCCGUACCGUGAUGUGGAUGGGGAGCCGUUGGUGGACUUGGAUGAUGACUUCGGAGGAGACGAUCGUGAGCCACUUGAGGACUUUGAAGACAACUUAGCCGAUGAUAUGGGGGACUGGGAUGGCGAAGGUUCACAAACGCCUCUUUACGACAACGAUAAAGUCAAACCCAGGAAACGGUUGGUGAAGAAAGCGUCUAGUGAUAAACAGACUAUCGAUGUUCCUGAGUUGAUUGACGAGGAUGUGGAGGAUGCGGUGUUCGAUGAGUACAUGGAAGGAAGAGGAGGUGGUACAGAGUAUGAUGAUAAGGUUGGGAGGAAGAGGAAGAAUGAGAAAGAGAGGAGUAGUAGUGGCGGUGGGAAGGAGAAGAGGUAUAAGCUCCCAAGCCGCGGUGAGAGGAAGUCUGAAGAGAUUGAUGAGAUGUGGAAAUCUAUUGCACAUAACCCUGAGAAUGAUGAAGAAGGUGUUAGGACUAUGGAUGACGACAAUUUCAUCGAUGAUACUGGUGUGGAUCCUUCUGAGAGGUAUGGAGGUGAUGGGGGAGACCGGUCUCCAACUCAUUAUCCUCAGGCAGAGGAGGGUGAGGAUGAUGAUGAGGUUAAUAACCUUUUCAAAAUGGGAAAGAAAAAGAAGAAGGCUGAAAGAAAUCCUGCGGAAAUCGCUCUCUUGGUUGAGAAUGUGAUGGCUGAGCUUGAGGUCACUGCUGAGGAAGAUGCAGAACUCAAUAGACAGGGGAAGCCUGCUAUCAACAAGCUUAAGAAACUUUCCCUUCUUACCAAUGUUCUUGGGAAGAAGCAGCUUCAAACAGAAUUCUUGGACCAUGGAGUUCUAACUCUGCUGAAGAAUUGGCUUGAGCCUCUUCCUGAUGGAAGCUUGCCAAGUAUAAACAUUCGUGCAGCUAUUCUGAGGAUUCUUACUGAUUUUCCAAUUGACCUGGAGCAGUAUGAUCGGAGGGAACAAUUGAAAAAGAGUGGGCUUGGGAAGGUCAUUAUGUUCUUAUCAAAGUCCGACGAGGAAACUACUUCAAACAGAAGACUUGCUAAGGAUUUGGUUGAUAAAUGGUCUCGUCCGAUUUUCAACAAGAGCACAAGGUUUGAAGACAUGAGAAAUCUUGAUGAAGAUAGGGCUCCCUAUAGAAGGCCACCAGUGAAGAAACCUGUCAACAAAGCUUCGACAAUGGAGUCCAGAGAUGGUGAUUUUGACUUAGAUAUCCGGCAACGAAAAUCUGGUCUGACUUCGGGUCAGAGUUCGAGGGGAGAUUCGUCCAGGAACAUGACCAUGAGACCAGAAGCAACUCCUAUGGACUUUCUGAUUCGUCCUCAGUCCAAGAUUGACCCAGAUGAGGUCAGAGCCCGUGCUAAACAGGUUUCUCAGGACCAGCGUCGAGUGAAGAUGAACAAGAAACUGCAGCAGCUAAAAGGACCAAAGAAGAAGCGUUUGCAAGCCACUACGGUGAGCGUGGAAGGUCGGGGUAUGACCAAGUACCUAUAAAGAGCUUGCAACCAGGCCUCGGAGUACUGGCUCUCUUCUAUCUUGUAAUCUUCAACUUUGAUUGGAUCAUUGUUUGAAGUCACUUUGGGGUUAUACUUGCAUGCUCUCUACUAUAAAACUAUUUGCUUUGAGUCUCUAAUGUAAUGGGAAGUGAAAGAAACACUAAGUUCCUCUUUGAGAGCACCAGAUACUUUUACCAUCAAAUCAAUUUUCAGUCCGUUGCACAAUAAAGGUCCGAUUUUUGCUUUA